CGGCGCCAGUCAGCCCCCGGCAACGCGCGUAUCAACCAAGCAGCAUGCACCUUCCGCCCAGUGGACCCCGUGCACGAAGGGCCGCUUUGCUCUCUGCCUAGCUGCUGCUUUGACAGACGAGCGAAGACGAUUCGCUUCGAUCGACCCGUGUUCGCGGCGAGCUUGCCCAAAACUAGUCGUGAAUGCGCUCCCCGGCUUGUUCUCCACCAUCAUUCGGAUCAAAGAGAGAUCGCACCUUCCUUCUGAUCCGUCACACUUCUCACACCUGAAACGCUGCCCAAGAUGACUUUCACUCCUCUGCCCACUGAUGAGAAGGCUAUUGCCACGAUCCGCACUCUCGCUGCGGACAUCGUGUUCAAGUCCAACUCUGGUCACCCUGGUAUGCCCAUGGGUAUGGCUCCAAUUGCCCACUUGCUCUUCUCUCGCUUCUUCACAGCAAGCGGCAAGGAUCCCAAGUGGAUCAACCGCGACAGAUUCGUUCUGAGCAAUGGUCACGGAUGCGCUCUUCAGUACAUCAUGCUGCACCUUCUCGGUUACAACAUCUCUCUUGAUGACCUCAAGAGUUUCAGACAACUCGACUCCAAGUGCCCAGGUCACCCCGAGACCAAUCACGGCGUCGACGGCAUCGAGGUCACAACCGGCCCUCUUGGUCAAGGUUUCUCAAACGCUGUUGGUCUGGCCAUUGCACAAGCAAAUGCAGCUGCGACCUUCAACAAGGAUGGCGCAGAGCUAUUCACCAACAAGACUUACACCUUCCUCGGUGAUGGUUGCCUCAUGGAGGGUAUCGCAAGCGAGGCCGCGUCCCUCGCUGGCCACUUGAAGCUUGGAAACAUGAUUUGCAUUUACGAUGACAACCACAUCUCCAUCGAUGGUGACACUGCUUGCUCGUUCACCGAAGAUGUCGAGCAGCGCUUCUUGGCCUACGACUGGCACGUUCUAGCUGUCAACGAUGGUGACAAGGACCUUGCUGCCAUGUAUGCGGCAAUCGAGGAGGCCCACAAGGUCACUGACAAGCCCACGCUCAUUCGUUUGAAGACCACCAUCGGUUUCGGCUCUAAGAUCCAGGGUGGCGCUGGCACGCACGGAGCUCCUCUGAAGGCCGAUGACAUCGAGCAGGUCAAGACCAAGUUCGGCUUUGACCCCAAGCAAAACUUUGUCGUUCCCGACGAGGUUGUUAAGGCAUACGGCGAGGUGCAGCAGCGCGGAUCCAAGGCGAUCGAGGCCUGGAACAAGGUCUACGCAGAUUACGGCAAGAAGCACUCGGCCGAGCACGCUGAGCUUCAGCGCCGUAUCGAGGGCAAGCUUCCUCAGGGAUGGGAGAGCGCUCUGCCGACGUUCAAGCCCACCGACUCCGCUGUCGCCUCGCGCAAGCUCUCAGAGGGUGUCCUCGCCAAGCUUGCUGUGGCCCUGCCCGAAUUGCUUGGUGGUUCCGCCGAUUUGACUGGCUCAAACUUGACUCGUUGGGGCGACGCAGUCGACUUCCAGCACCCAUCGACCCGUCUUGGCGACUACUCUGGACGCUACAUCCGUUACGGUGUCCGUGAGCACGCCAUGGGUGCUAUCAUGAACGGCCUCAACGCCUACGGCCUGCACAUUCCUACCUCCGGAACUUUCCUCAACUUCGUCUCUUACGCUGUCGGUGCUGUUCGCCUGUCUGCCCUCUCUAAGCACCAGGUCAUCUGGGUCGCCACCCACGACUCUAUUGGUCUUGGUGAGGACGGUCCUACUCACCAGCCUAUCGAGACUGCUGGCGCACUGCGUGCUAUUCCCAACCUGAACUUCUGGCGCCCUGCUGAUGGAAACGAGGUCAGCGCCGCCUACAAGGUCGCCAUCGAGAGCAGGAACACUCCUUCCGUCCUUGCGCUCUCUCGUCAGAACUUGCCCCAGCUCGAAGGAUCCAGCAUCGAGAAGGCAAGCAAGGGUGGUUACGUUGUCAAGGAGGCUCCCGGUGGCAAGGCUGACAUCAUUCUCGUCGCCACUGGAAGUGAAGUCGCUAUCUCGGUCGACGCGGCAUCCGCUCUCAAGGAGAACGGCAUCAACGCUCGUGUCGUGUCUUUGCCCUCUUGGCACACCUUUGAGCAACAGCCUUACGAGUACCGCCUCAGCGUUCUGCCCAGCGGCCAGCCCAUCCUUUCCGUCGAGGUGUACAGCCGCGUUGGAUGGCAAGCUUACUCUCACGUUCAACACUCCAUCGACCGCUUCGGUGCCAGUGCACCCGCUGGCGCCUUGUACAAGAAGUUCGGCUUCACCCCUGAGGUCAUUGCGGAGAAGUCGCAGAAGAUCAUUGCGCACUACAAGGCUCAGAACAUCAAGGCCGUCUCUCCCAUCGAACUUCACGCCGCCUUUGCGUCCGAGUAGGUUUGAUCUUAGCGCGCACUCUGAAGUUCUCCAUCAUGUCAUUACCGAAACGAAUACGUCUCCGCUUUUAGAAAUUGAUCGGUUGGUCUA